GUGCGCGGCUGGCGGCCGGGGCUGGCGGGCUUGUGCUCCCGGAGGGGCCGGCCCGGGCUCGGGGACUCCGGGUUCCGGGGACGCGGUCGGGGUCAGGCUCAUCUGGGGCGGGACUGACCGCACCGCCUCUUCCUGCCUCAGUUUCCCCUUUGCAAGGCGUAGAAUGGAAAUCAAACGGCCUGGCUCAGGAUUCUGUCGGGUCCGGAAAGACUAGACUGACUCCAGCCAACCGAAGCACCCUACGCGGUACUGGAAAGCGUUUCCGAUGAUCCCUGCUAGGACGGUGCGGGGAAACCGCGGGCAGGCAGGACCAGACUUGCUGUGGGGAGCUGCGUGGUAACUACAGGGUGGUGGACUGCGGCUUCGGCUAUCAUCAGGGACUGCUCUGGAGCCGAGUCACGCUAUCCGCUCCUUGCAGCCUGCUGUGAGGCAGCAGGAUGACAGCUGAUAUAUAUCUGAGUAGGCAGCAAGUGCUCGGUCAUCCCUGUUUGGAUGAAGCUUUACUGGGGUGGCUUGAUAGACUCCCGCCCCCACCCGGAGAGCAUUGGGUAUAGGUUGCGCAGGGUUGCACCCAGACCUGGCUUCAUUGCUGGACUCUGCAGCAGCCUGGACUUUGCCUGUUUUCCUCUUGGGCAGUGGACACAGGAGUUCCCUGUUUUACCCCAGUACCUCUCCUGGGCUUCCUGUCCUCCUGCUGGGCCGCAGCUUCAGAGUGAAUUUUCUGCCCUUGAACAAGUCCUGAACCUCGGGCCCCCUUCAGUAGAAGGUCACGUGCUCAGCAGACCUGUCCUGCUGUGGACCUGCUGACCUCUAUUUUGCCACCAUUGGGCUCAAAGCUAUUUUUCAUGAGGCAGAUGUGACAGCAGCUAUAAGGGACAGCUAGAUGGCACGUCCUCUCACUUGGUUAUUAACCCCCUGGGCAACCUUUUGGAGCAAGUCUGUUUACUCAGACUAAGGGGACAGGAGGAUUGGCAAGGUUGUUCAGUGCCAAUGCCCACUCCCAGUGCUUCUGCUCCUCCUGAGCCUCCUCCCAAGAGCCCUUCUGCAUCAGACCUCGUGACCUCACUUGAGCAAAGCUGCCCUCACAACUCAUGUGCAUCAUCUUCUUUACAUUUGAUCCUCACCCUGUUUCCAAAAAUGCAUACAGGCUUAUCCUGGCUGCCAACAGGGAUGAAUUCUACCACAGACCAGCCAAGUUGGCAGACUUCUGGGGGAACAACAAUGAGAUCCUUAGUGGACUUGACAUGGAAGAAGGCAGGGAAGGAGGCACAUGGCUGGGCAUCAGCACGAGGGGAAAGUUGGGAGCACUCACCAACUAUCUGCAACCACAGCAGGACCAGGAGGCCCGUGGCAGAGGUGAACUUGUGACCCACUUUCUGACCACUGACAUGGAUAGCUUGUCCUACCUGAAGAAGGUCUCCACAGAGGGUCACCUGUACAACGGAUUCAACCUCAUAGCAGCCGACCUGAGCACAGAAAAAGGAGAUGUUGUUUGCUACUAUGGAAACCGGGGGGAACCAGAGCCCAUCAUCCUGACACCAGGGACCUAUGGGCUAAGCAACGCGCUGCUGGAGACGCCCUGGAGGAAGCUGUGCUUUGGCAAGCAGCUGUUCCUGCAGGUGGUGGAGCAGAGCCAGGCACUCCCCAAGGAUGCUCUUGUCACUCAGCUCCUGGAUGUGCUCAACAAUGAGGAGGCACAGCUGCCAGAUCCAGCUAUUGAGGACCAAGGCCAGGAAUAUGUGCUGCCCAUACUGAGCAAGUAUGCGGCUGUGUGUGUGCGCUGCCCUAACUACGGCACCAGAACCAAUACCAUCAUCCUUGUGGAUGCCGAUGGCCAUGUGACCUUCACAGAACGCAGUAUGCUGGACAAGGAUCCCUCCCGCUGGGAGACCACCACCCAUGAGUUCACACUACAGAGCUAACCCCCACAACUGGGCAUGGCCAGCAGGUCCUUGGGAGGCCACGCCUGAAGGGCCAGGGUGGACAGGAAUCUUCCAUGGCCAUACUUCUGUUGAAGUGGGGCCUUUUCUCUCCUGGUGUACAGAGUACAAUUGUGCUUCAGUUCCCAUAGUCUUACCUGCUCUGCAGAAUGAUAGUCAUGUUUGGAAUCAGGCACAAGGAAAAAGCAAGAAAAAUCCACUUUUACAACAGAAGCACAGCCUUAUUAGAGAGCCAGUGGUCCUUGAGAGGGUGAUUGUGUGUGCACUGGGGGCUCUUAGACCCCUUACUUGCCAAGGUAGGCAUCGUGGGUUCUGGGAAGGCCCAUUCAGCAAAGGAGACUUGGCUAGUUCCUACCAUCUCCCUUCUCCUUGAUGAGUCAAACUUCAUAGGAAUCUGAACUUGAAUGUGAGCUGUUGAUAAUAAAACUUUGAGACUGUGGUGAGUAAGUGUGUUUCAAGAUCCUUCCUUUGUGUGACAGUGACAACAGCUACUGGAAUUCCUGUGGUGGUAUAGAUGCCCACAUGAGGCUUUGUUGUCACAGCCUCCUGAGCUGUGGGCUAGGCAGCCAGUCUGUCCAUCUGUCCUUGGGCAGAAGCUGGAGUGCAAGAGAGCCCACAUGCAUGGGACUCAGGUGCUUGUUACAGAGCGAGCCCUCCACCACCAAGGACUCAGUAGGAGGAGCACCAGGAGGGAGAGGCACAGUCAACCCGUGGAUGGCAAGGCCAGGAGAUGGUAGAAAGAGGUAGAUUGUAGGGUCAGAGGGCAAGUGGAGUCUUCCUCAGCCCUGAGCUGGAGUCCCUAGCCCUGGCUAACCAUA